AUGAGUAUUCCAAGUUUCUUUGCUUCAUUUGAUGCUAUUCAAUAUCUCAAUUUAUCAAAUGCCGGCUUCGCGGGACCGGUUCCUCAUCAACUUGGCAAUCUAACUAGCUUGCACUACCUUGAUCUUUCAAACAACGCUAAUUCACUCUACAUUGUUGGAAGUCAUUGGCUUUCAAAUCUUUCUUCUCUUCGGUACUUGAAUUUCCAAGCGGCAGAUCUCUCCAAAGCGCCUAAUCUUCUCAAAUCAUUGAAUGAGCUUCAAUGGAUAUCAGAACUACACUUGUCUUAUUGCAAGCUUCAUAUUCCGCUCUCUCUUCCUCAUGUUAACUUCACAUCCCUCCAUUUCAUCGAUCUUUCAGGUAAUGUUAUUAAUUCAACAGUACCUUUGUGGUUGUUCGAAUUAAGAAAUCUUGAAUAUCUAUAUCUCGGAGGAAAUAGCAUCACAAAUCUUAUUCCUUCUGCCAUUAGCAAUUUGACUAAUCUCAAAGUCCUUGAUCUUUCGAAUAACGGAGUUCUUUCUAGUGGAAUUCCGACAUCACUAGGCAAUCUUUGCAUGUUAACUUUGCUAGAUCUUUCGGGGAAUAAUUUUACCGAUGAGUUGCAUGAAUUUGAAGGAGCAUUUUCAGGAUGUGUUAGUAAAAGUUUGGAAACAUUGAACUGGAGAAGUAGCAAUUUAGUCGGACAAUUACCGAAUUGGUUAGGCAAUCUCAAGUCUCUUAAAACACUUGAUUUUUCGGAGAAUUCAUUGUAUGGACCAAUUCCACAACUUCAACUGCCAUCAUUGCAAGAGUUAUAUCUUUCUGAUAAUGCAUUUAAUGAAACUAUUCCUCCUCUUGGGCAACUGUCUACAGAACUAGUUGAUGUACAACUUCAAGGGAAUAAAUUGAUGGGUGUUCUAACUGAAACUCAUUUUGCUAAUCUCACAAAGAUUGAAUAUCUUGACAUGACUUCAAAUGCAUUUGUAUUAAGUUUUCAAUCGAAUUGGACUCCGCCGCUUCGACUACAAGAAGUUCGCAUGAGUUACUGUCGUUCGGGACCGGCAUUUCCUAAUUGGCUUCAGAAGUUGACAAACUUGUCAAGCAUUGAGAUGUCAUAUGCCGGGAUUUCAGAUUUCAUGCCGGAUUGGUUUUGGAAUUUUAGUCAGAAACUUGAGAAUGUAGUCUUAUCACAUAAUGACAUCAAAGGCAAAUUGCCAGCUUCAUUAGAACAUCUCAAUCUACGCUAUAUCGAUUUAAGUCACAACCAUUUUGUCGGGCCACUGCCGUAUUUUUCGUCAACAUUUCAAGAAUUGAGGUUAAUGAACAACUCAUUUUCAGGAUUUAUUCCAAAUGAUUUGAUGGAAGCAAUCUCAAGUAUCUCAUAUUUCUCUGUUUCCACAAACAAUUUAAGCGGCGAAAUUCCUCAAUCAGUAUGUAAAUUGAAGCAAUUGAUAACACUUGAUCUCUCCAAAAAUCAGAUUAUGGGAAGCAUUCCAGAUUGUUGGGAUCAAUCACAAGAUUCACAAAUGCAGGUCAUGGAUGGCUCUUACAAUUGGAAUCAAUCACAAGAUUUACAACUGCAAGUCAUGGAUUUAUCUUACAACAAUCUCAGUGGUGGCAUUCCUACUUCUAUUUGCUCAUUGCAGUUUUUGCAAGCAAUACAUUUGAAUAAUAAUAAUUUGUCUGGUGAGCUCCCGUCGUCAUUGAAAAAUUGUACAGGUAUGGCAACACUUGAUCUUGGUUACAAUAAGUUCAACGGAAACAUAUCAAAUUUGAUCAGUGAUAGAUAUUGGAGUCUUGGCAUUGUUCGCCUCCGAUCCAAUUUGUUUACCGGCAUCAUUCCUCCAGAGCUAGGCAACAUCAUGUCUCUUCGAGUAAUAGAUCUUGCACAUAAUGAAUUUUCAGGAGUUAUUCCGCUUUCUUUCGGCAAUCUCAGUGCCAUGAUGGUUUCUCCAGCAUUUUAUCAACAAACAUAUCUCGGUUAUGUGGACAAUGUCGAAGUAGACAUGAAAGGCCAAGUUCGAAGGUACGAUAGCACAGCUAGUCUUCUCAUUGCUAUUGAUCUUUCUGAUAAUCAAUUAUCAGGAGAGAUACCGGAAGAGUUAACAAAUUUGAUUGGAUUGCAAAGCUUGCAUUUAUCUAAGAACCAUUUCACAGGAAAAAUCCCCGAAAAUAUUAGUCAGCUGCAAUGGUUAGAAUCUCUUGACUUAUCGAUGAAUAAUCUAUCCGGUGUGAUUCCACAAAGUAUGACUUUGUUGACAUCAUUAAGUGAUUUGAACCUUUCUUAUAAUCACUUGUCCGGAGAAAUUCCAUCAAAAGGUCAAUUCCAAACACUUCUUGAUUCAUCUAUCUAUUACGGCAAUUAUCGUCUUUGUGGCUUUCCAUUAGAUGUUAGCUGUCAGAACAACAACAAAACUCAAACUCCAACAUUGCAAACUGAGGAAGAAGAUGGUUCUGAGGAUAAUGAUAUAACAUGGUUUUACUUGAGCAUGGGAUUAGGGUUUCUUUCAGGGAUUUGGUGCUUUUGUGGUGUGCUGAUUGUGAAGAAGAAUUGGUGCUACUCAUAUUUUUCAUUUCUAGACAAAUUGUAUGACAAGAUGUAUGUGUUUUUGGUGUUGAAGUUGAGAAAAAUGAAAAGAAGCAAUCACUUGUAA